AGUUAGCCGAUUGCGGGGGAAGACUCCAGCAUCCGACAGGCUCUCUGUGAAGUCGGUCCUGGUUUCCGUGCAUGCCGAGACGAACCACAGACUCAGAAUCAGGUGCUUCCCCUCUUCUGCAGGCAAUAUCCCCACAUCAGCCCCAGACAUCACGGAAUGUCAGCCCAUUAGCUCACAACCUGCUCGUCACUCAUAUGAUCUGACAAUUCCCAGUCCAGAUCCUCGGGAUUGUUGGUUUCGAUAUUUACCAAGGAACGAUCCAAUUCCGCCAUUGCUAGUGAGGAACUUACAGCCUGUUUGAUUUCAGAUGCCAUUUGACUCACCUUGAUUUGAUCAUAUAACCUCGCUGGUAGUCACGAAAUAUCGUCCAUCAUGGCGGCUAUAUCACGAGUAGCCAAAUCUUCUAUGCUUCGAGCUUCAAAGUCAGCGUUACCUGUACUAGCGGCCUCGAGUCGAGCGACCUGCUUUUCCCCAGCCUUGACUCGUACAAAUUUGAGCCCCGCCGGCUCAUUGUUGAUGCGACAUCUCUCAACGAUGAAGGCUCUUGUCUACGACGGCUCCAACUCAGUAUCGUUGAAGGAUAAGCCUCUCCCUACCAUAUCAAAACCAACCGAUGUCAUCGUCAAAGUCACCAAGACAACUAUCUGCGGAACAGACCUCCACAUUCGCAAGGGCGACGUAGCGACAUGCCAACCAGGCACGACAUUGGGCCACGAGGGUGUGGGCAUCAUCCACUCAACGGGAGCCUCAGUUUCACGAUUUAAAGAGGGAGAUCGGGUUCUCAUCUCAUGCAUUUCCAGCUGCGCGACGUGCGAGUACUGCCGCCGGGGCAUGUACAGCCACUGCACGUCCGGCGGGUGGAUCCUCGGAAACACCAUUGACGGUACCCAAGCCGAAUACGUCCGUAUUCCCCACGCCGAAUCUAGUCUCCAUCCGAUCCCGGAUGGCGCCGAUGACUCCUCACUAGUGAUGUUGAGUGAUAUCUUCCCGACAGGACUUGAAUGUGGUGUGCUUAACGGCAAAGUCCAGCCAGGCGGUACUGUCGCUAUUGUGGGCUCGGGUCCGAUCGGUCUGGCGGCUAUCAUUACGGCUCAGAUGUACUCUCCGUCUCAAAUCAUUGCCAUCGAUAUGGAUCCGAAGAGACUUGAUGUUGCAAGGCAAUUUGGUGCGACCGAAACCAUUGACAGCUCCAGGACCGAUGCUGUGACCAAGGUUAAAGAGUUGACUGAGGGUAAGGGCGCUGACUCGGUCAUUGAAGCGGUGGGGAUCCCCGCAACCUUUGAUCUCUGCCAGAGCCUGCUCGCACCUGGCGGUGUCCUAGCCAACGUGGGAGUCCAUGGAACCAAGGUUGAUCUUCAUCUUCAAAAUCUGUGGGACAAGAAUAUUUCAAUUACGACUAGACUUGUGGAUACAACAACGACACCGAUGCUUUUGAAACUUGUCCAGUCGGGCAAGUUGCAGCCCUCGCAACUAAUUACCCACCACUUCAAGCUUGGCGACAUGGAGAAGGCAUAUGAUACCUUCGGAGAAGCGUCUAAACACGGUGCUUUGAAGGUUGUGAUUGAUGUGGAUUGAGACUCUGGAAACCAUAUAUCCUUGUUUGAUACCAUAAAAAAAUCCCAAUCUUGGAGGGAAAUUUCAGAGUCCGGAUAUCAGUACUGAGUGCUUAAUAAUAGUAGAGUUGUUGUACAUAAGGUAAUUGUGUGGAAUAUGGAGAAGCAAGUUCUCGUAACUCACCUACAUAGAGGGCUGCCGGCGUCGUCCUACCCUAAUCGCAGAAGCCAAGGCUGACAGAAAUCAACUAUACCAAAUGGA